AUGACCGACAUACAGCGCAUUAUACUCAUAAGUGGAAAGAGGAAAUGUGGGAAGGAUUUCAUAUCAGAAAAAUUAAAACAAAGACUAGGUGACCGGUGUCAAAUUGUUAGGAUAUCGGAACCAAUAAAAUCGGAAUGGGCAAAAAAGAUGCAGCUUGAUUUAAAAGAGCUGCUAAGUGAUGGACCCUAUAAAGAGAAAUAUAGAAAAGCCAUGAUCGAUUGGAGCGAUGAAGUUCGAAAGCAAUGUUAUGGAUAUUUCUGUAAGACUGCAAUGGAGAAAGCCAAUUCGGAAAUUAUAGUUGUAAGUGAUGUGCGCAGAAUGAAUGACAUUCGCUAUUUCCAUGAAACAUAUGGCGACAAAGUUGCCUGUAUGCGCCUUACGUGCCCCGAUUCGAUUAGAAUUGAGAGGGGAUUUGUAUAUACACCUGGUAUAGAUGAUAUCGAGUCAGAGUGUGGGCUAGAUAACUACAACAAAUGGGAUCUGGUGUUGGAAAAUGACAAUAAGCUGAGUUCGGAUCAUUUAAUUAAUUUAAUUAUUGAAAAAUUCUCACUAUAA